CUCAGACUUGUAAUGAAUAUGAUAUAAGAUCUUUGGUCAUAGGAAAUAUCAUAUGAGGAUAAUGAAGGAGCAUUGAUUGUUUUGAGUGAAAUUUUUUAUAGUAGAAAAUCUGGAUGGCGCCCGUUACCGAGGUCAACUAUACCAGCUAAGCAUAUUUACUCUAUGUUAUUUAUAGUAUCAUGUUUAAAUUAUUACAUAGGGUUAGUUGCUUCAUAGUAAUAAUGCCUGUGAAGAAAGAAUCCGUUGCUUUGUAUAUUUGUAUGUUAAUAUUUUGAUGAUGAUUGGGGGACAAGAUUGGGAUUUCCAAAAGUAGAUCGCAUCUCAGUCCUGUUUCGGUGUUUAAAUAUUUCCAUCUUGAUUUGAUAACACACCUCCACACACAAUCACUCUCUGCAUUCUCAUAAUUUGCAGGUUUCUAAACAAGCUUGGACGACCAUGGCGACAAUCUUAUCCAACGUGCUAGUUGUGAUCAUCUUGUUAUUGCGGCUUUCCAUAUGUUCAGAUGCACAGUUUGAGGACUACUGCAUAGCGGACGAGCAAUACAGGGAUGAUGAGCUGAUGUACGCAAUGAAGUGGGCAUGCAGCAACGGGGCAGACUGCAGCGCUCUUGAAGAGCAUAAGCCGUGCUUCUUCCCCAACACCACCAAGGACCACGCCUCUUACGCAUUCAACAGCUACUAUCAGAAUACCAAACACAUUGGAGGCAGCUGCUACUUCAUCGCUGCUGCACUUUUGACCGCUCUUAAUCCAAGUCAUGACUCGUGUGUAUUCGAGUAUAUCCCGUACCCGUAAAUUGGAUUGCAGCUUCCGGACGUGGUGCUCAAAGUAGCAGCUCUUGCUCUUGCUCUCCAUCAAGGCCGGUCUUUAGGGGUUUCCAUUUCUUUUCUUCUUCCGUAGUUUGUAUUUACUAUCUUUAUAGUUUUUCAGAUUAAGUUGAUGAUUUACCAUUCACAAAUAAACAAAAUGCUUGAUUAAAUAUUUGAAAUUCUUUUUCUUCAAGA